CCCGGCAGCGCGGCCUGUGCGGAGCGGCCGCGGCCAUCCCCGGCUGAGGGCAGAAAUGUUCCAGGUGAAGCCUUUUCUUCCACGAUGGCAUCGAGGCUCGUUCCCAAAGUGAAUUCCAAGCAGGGAGGAUUUCCAUGCCAGCAGAAACACGUGGCUCUGCUCAGCCCCGUGGGAAGGAUCGAGAUAUCGGGGUGUGAGACGGGCGUACAUGAAAUAAAACUUCCCAAAAUGAGCGUGCUGCCAGCUGGCAGGGCAGAGUGCUCGGUGAGCUGCGAGCUGUGCGAGGAGGAGAUUCCCGAGCCGCUGCAGCAGUGCUCAGCCUGGCUCCGAGCCUACUUCUGUGAGCCAGCCAGCACAGCCACCCUGCCCGUGCCAGCCUUCCACCACCCCCUGCUCCAGAGAGAUUCCUUCACCAGGCAGGUGCUGUGGACGCUGCUGAACGAUGUGAAGUUUGGGGAGGCUGUUUCCUACAAGCAGCUGGCAGACCUUGCUGGCAACAGCCGUGCAGCCCGAGCCGUGGGGGGAGCCAUGAGGAGCAACCCGAUCCCCAUCCUCAUCCCGUGCCACAGGGUGAUCCGUAGCAGUGGGGACACUGGCAACUACGGUGGGGGACAGCUGCUGAAGGAGUGGCUGCUGUCCCACGAGAAGCUGCAGAAGGAGAAGCUGCAGGAGGAGAAGAAGCCGGCGCGUCCCUGACCAGCCGCGACACGCAGCCACGGCUCCUUGGCUCGUAGCAAAGCUCUCAGAUCACCCAGCAGAAUUCAGGAAAAAAUGGUAAAUAUUUGAGUGACACAGAAAUAUAAUGCAGCAUCCAAAGUGAAAUGUGUGGUGGCACCACUAUAUUAAAGAAGCAGGAUGUGUCCUGGGGGAGGCAGCUCGGCUGCCCUUUCUUGUUUUUACAUUUUACAGCAGAAUGACUACAGCGAUCCAGGCCUGUUGUGCAUGGAUUUUGUUCCCAUCUCCAGCCCUGUUUUGUUCUAUUUUUAAUGUCCAUUAAAGCAGGGAUAAGGGAGUGGGAGGGACGUGGCAAAUGUGAGGUGGAAGCUUCCCCCUGAGGAGCGUCUGGCUCGCGGUGAGUGGCCCAGCCUGGCACACCAGGCUCUGCCAGCCCCUGCCCAGCUCCCCCUCCCCACUCUGGGGCAUAAAAUGAGUGAAGGGAGCACAGUGAGAUCUGUGCUGAACACUCCUGAUUUUUCUUUGGAGAUGGGAUUUUUUUUUUUUUUUUUUUUUUUUUUUUUUUUUUUUUUUUUUUGGUAGAGAUGUUGCUGACAAACUGUAUAUUUUGGAUAAGCAGUUUGAUUAGCCUGAAAAGCUCAUCGUAGUUGCUUCCUUAGCAGCAGCACAUUCCUUUAUCAUUUCAGUUUUCCUUCAGAUUUCUGCAUUUCUCUGUUACCCAAAGCUUUAUUUCCUGUAGCCUCUCUGUUGGAAGGAUUCAAGAGACAUUAAAGCUAAAUUUUGAGGUGGUUUUAGCAGGGUUCUCUGCGAGUACGAGCCACCAGAAACUGAAAUUUCCAGUAUGGGAAUCGUAAAUUCUAACAUGGAAAUACUGAUUUUUUUAUGUGUUUUAUCAUAUUUUCACGGAUGUCUCUUUAGAAGGGCCAUUGCUACCCCCCAAAAAAUUAUUGUGUGGCAGUGUGUUAGUUAAUCCAGGAUUAUUGAUUCCUCAGAAUUACUUCAAUAAAAAAACUGCUUUGCAUGUG